GCUGUUCUCCUCGACGUUUCGGACUAUGAUGUGAUUGUAGCAUUCGCUUUUAUGAAAAGGUUUCAAGGUGAAGUGGCUUUUGGAGUUCAGUGAUGUAUGUACUUGGGGUUCACAGCGAGCACUGGUCCAAGCACCAUUUGAGCCACAUUUCAUGCCUCCUUGUGACCUAUACGUUUAUUUUUGCGCCAAAACUAUGCAUAAAAUAAGUGAAUGUCAAUUCCCCCCUUUCUCUCUUCUCGUAUCACUCAGAAAUAGGAGUUCAUCAUGUCCCAUCAUCACGGAUACUCGAGCGAUCAUCAUCACCACUGCCACACCCCAAAAAUUCAUCACUGUGGUUCUUCCACCCCACAUGCAGCUCAAGUUCCGGAUGGCCUGUACGCAUCGUCUGGAACUUCCAUCGCUGGUGUUUCUAUUGCUCCUCACGCGACCUACAACGGCGGCUAUACGAAUGCAAAGGACGUAAGGCUACGCAUCGCGAAUGGGGGAGCUGGACAAUCCGGAUUGAUUGGAGCAUGGGCGGAUGCGUUCAUCAAGUAUAUGGUGAAUGAGCGCCAUGUUCAGCCUUUCUUGGUCGCAUGGUAUUUGGGUGAUACGACUGAGAGUCUCGGACUCCUCGCGGCUGGUUCUGUAGAUGUCGCUGUUACUUACAACGAAGCUGCAGAAAAACAAUCGAAGGACAGCGGCGCUGCAGUGGCUCUAGUAUACGGCUUUCGCGACCACUUCAUUCUUGUGGGGCCGAAUUCCAAUCCAGCCAAACUCAACGAGAAAGACGAUAUUUUAGUGAUGUUCAACAAAAUUGUCUCCCAAGGGAAUACAGAUAUCGCGGUACCACCCGACCCAGAGGUUCGACCGCCCACGCGCUUCCUCUCCAGAUACGACAAAAGCGCGACCAACAUCAAAGAAAGUCAAUUGUUCAUUACCAUCGGACAGGCGCGUCGUGUCCCAUGGGCCCUAGUGUAUUCAAAGUGGUACCACCAAUACCCUCGCUUCCCUCUCGAAGCUCUCGAAGCGGCCUCUCUUCUAUCCGAAUACACACUUACCGACCGGGGCACCUGGCUUUCCUCGCCACGAUCGGUGACUUCCCAACUGAAGAUAUUCAAAGCUGGCACGGACGACGCUAAAGACCCCUUGCUAAACCCAGCUCAUGUGCUUUUGGGAAGCAACGCAAGUGUAAACGAUAAGGAUAUCGCCUCUGCAUUUAUCAAGUGGGUCGUUAGUGAGCCGGGUGGUCAGUAUGUGGUCAGUCAAUUUAAGAAACAUGGAGAGGUAUUGUAUUCGAAGGCGCCUUGACGGGUAACCAACCAAUUCGUAGGGAAACGGCGUUUUCAGCUUCUGGAGGAUCACGGAAAUUUCACUGAAUUCAUUGACGAGUGUAGAAUAUUUUGUUGAAGCGAACAGUGAUACGAAAAUUCUUUG